GCCUUCAAAAACAACUCUCUCUCUAUAAACACACACUCUCCUUUUUUAUACCCUUCAUCUAUAAAUUGAACCGAUGAUGAAACAACACUGUACCUGAACCUUCUUCAGGACCAUUUCUCAUUUCUACACACAAAGUAUUAACUCUUUUGCCGGCUUACAUAUCAAUUUUGAAGGAGUUCAUUCAAUACUUGGCGGUGUUUUUCGGUUCCUUGUAAUUUGUGCUACCAUGUCAUUAUUGCCUAAACUACGAUGUGUCACUCUAGAUGUUACCGGCACCCUGAUGGCUUACAGAGGGGAGCUUGGUGACUAUUAUUGCAUGGCUGCCAAAGCUUCUGGCCGUCCAUGCCCAGACUACAAGCGUAUGCACGAGGGAUUUAAGUAUGCAUAUAAGGACAUGGUGAGGAAGUAUCCGUGUUUUGGGUUUGCGGCCAAAAUGCCAAACAUUGUGUGGUGGAAAGCCUGCGUGCGAGAUUCCUUUGUCAGGGCUGGAUAUGAGUACGACGAGGAGACAUUUGAAAAGAUUUUCAAGCGCAUCUAUGCAUCCUUUGGUUCAUCUGCUCCAUAUACUGUCUUUCCAGAUUCUAAGCCAUUUCUUAGAUGGCUUCGUGGAAAGGGUCUCAAGGUUGGGGUUGUUAGCAAUGCUGAGUAUCGAUAUCGAGAUGUGAUUCUUCCAGCUUUAGGCUUAAAUCAGGGAACUGAGUGGGACUUUGGUGUUUUUUCUGGCCUUGAAGGCGUUGAGAAACCAGACCCAAGAAUUUACGAGAUUGCACUCGAGAGGGCUGGAAAUAUUGCACCUGAAGAAACUUUACAUAUUGGCGAUAGCUUCCGCAAAGACUAUGAGCCAGCUAAGAGCAUAGGGAUGCAUGCACUAUUGUUGGAUAGAUUUAAGACACCAGAAGCCGAGGAGUGGAGGAAAUCCGGGGCUGUUGUUCUUCCCGACUUAAAUGCAACACAAGAAUGGCUGUCUUCAGAGAAUUCAACUUGCUAGAGGUUCUACAUCUUUGCUGUAGUAGUAUAUUUACGUAUCGUUUUGCUCAUCUGAUAACAUACCUGCUAUCUAUACCUUUGACGGGUUUCAUAAAGGCAUGUGUCUGAAUGUUGACGUGCAGAGCCAUGAUUGUGGAUUUCUGUUGGCUCCUGUGAUCUUCUGAUGUAGCUCUACCAUAACUUUGUAAUACAAUUAUAUUAAAAUGCUACUUUCUCUUCAUCGGUCA